GCAUGACAAAGCCAGUUUCAUGCACGCUGGUCGCACCGUCCUGUACUUUUUAAUUCAGACUCUCGUAAUUGCCAAGUAAAGUAGUAAAAAACACCUUUAUUUCUCACCGCUUUGCAUAAUACCUGUGAAAAAUGUCCAGAUUUGGAGACAGAGGUAGAUCUUUUGAUAGGUCAAGUAGCCGAAAUGGAGGUGGUGGUAGAGGGGGCGGAUUCGGAGGACCUCCUAGAUUUGGAAGCAGGGGCUCUAUGGGUGGAGGUGGCGGUCUCAAAGAAAAGUUUGGACAACCAGGAGAAAGGCUAAAGAAACCAAGAUGGGAUUUAGACAAACUGGCGCCUUUCAAGAAGAACUUCUACAGAGAACAUCCAGAUGUAACAGCAAGACCACUUACUGAAAUUCAAAGUUACUGCACAGAUAAACAAAUCACAGUCAGAGGGAAGGAACCCAUGAGGCCGGUGUUUGAAUUCCAUGAAGCAAGCUUCCCAGAUUACGUAAUGGGUGAGCUGAGCAAGAGUGGAUUCUCACAUCCAACUCCAAUCCAGGCACAGGGUUGGCCUGUAGCACUCAGUGGACGGGACCUGGUUGGCAUUGCUGCAACUGGGUCCGGAAAGACCCUUUCAUAUCUCUUGCCGUCAAUAGUUCAUAUAAAUCAUCAACCAUUCCUGGAAAGAGGCGUAGACGGCCCUAUCGCUCUUGUUCUAGCACCAACUCGAGAGCUUGCCCAGCAAGUUCAGCAGGUGGCGUUUGCGUUCGGACGUUCAUCAAAGAUCAAGAGCACAUGUGUGUAUGGUGGAGCUCCCAAGGGGCAACAGAUCAGGGAUCUGGAACGAGGUGUUGAGAUCUGCAUCGCCACUCCUGGUAGGCUGAUUGACUUCUUGGAGAACAACAAGACCAACUUGAGGCGGUGUACUUACGUCGUGCUGGAUGAGGCUGAUCGCAUGCUGGACAUGGGAUUCGAGCCCCAGAUCAGGAAAAUCAUGGAACAGAUUAGACCUGACAGGCAGGUGCAGAUGUGGAGUGCAACGUGGCCGAAGGACGUGAGGAACCUGGCUGAAGACUUCAUCAGGGACUACAUCAUGGUGAACAUUGGUUCCCUCACCCUGUCUGCCAACCACAACAUCCUGCAGAUCAUCGAUGUGUGUGAAGACUCGGAGAAAGACAAGAAGCUUAUCCAACUACUAGAAGAGAUCAUGCAAGAGAAAGACAACAAAACCCUCGUCUUUUGUGAAACCAAACGCAGAACCGACGACCUGGUACGCAGAAUGAGACGAGAUGGGUGGCCAGCAAUGUGCCUUCAUGGUGACAAGUCUCAACCAGAGCGAGACUGGGUGCUUUCAGAGUUCCGAGAUGGCAGAGCACCAAUCCUUGUAGCGACAGAUGUAGCAUCUCGUGGUCUAGAUGUGACCGACAUCAAGUUUGUCAUUAACUAUGACUACCCCAAUUCGUCCGAGGACUAUGUGCAUCGCAUUGGGCGUACUGCCCGAAGCACCCGCACAGGCACAGCCUACACCUUCUUCACCCGCAACAACAUGAAGCAAGCAGCCGACCUCAUCAAUGUGCUUCAAGAGGCUAAGCAGGUCAUCAACCCAAAGCUGAUCUCCCUUGCUGAAGAAGCCAACCGCUUUGGUGGCAAAAAUCGAAGUCGCUAUGGUCGUGGAGGCGGCGGCGGCAGUCGAUUCAGUAAGGGAGGCUUCUCAGGUGGAAACUCCAAUGGGUUUGGUGGCGGCGGCAUGGGUGGCAGCCGAUUUGGAGGUGGUGGAGGAGGAAGUAGGUUUGGCAGUGGUGAUCGAGGAGGAUCAGACAGUAGAAGUAGCUUCAGCAACGGUGGCAGUUCGAACAGCUAUGGAGGAGCCAGCUCUAGAGGAGGCAGUGCACGUGGAGGCAGUCACGGAGGAGGAUUUGGUGGAGGUAGAAAUUUUUCUAGUGAAGAUGGGCCGGGAAGUAGAGAUAGCAUAGAUCAGGGUCCAAAGCAGAGUAGCUUUGGUGGGUCCCCUCCCAUGAACAAAGGUCCAGGCACGGGUAGUAGUGGGCCUGGAGGACCACCAAGGGAUCAGCAGAGUGGUUCCCAGGGUGGUUUCAGGGGACCUCAGUCUGGAUCUCAGGCUGGGGCACGUAGUGGUGGUUCUCAAGGGGGACAAGGUCUGCUUGGGCCAGGUGGUCCAGGGAGGCAACUUGGUGGUCAGAGUGGACCAAGUCCUCAUGGUCCAUCCCAUGGGGGUCCGGGUGGACCACAAAUGCAUGCUGGACCUCAUGGAGGUAUGGGAAGACAGGGUGGGUUUGGAGCUAUGCCUCCAUCAGGAAGGCCAAUGCCUUUGAUGGGUCCAGAUUCCAUGCAACAACAACCACCUGUUCCUCAAUCUAACAAAAGUGAUCAGCCUCCCAUUCCCCCUCCAAAUAGCCAGCGUAAGCCUCUUAUGCAACAACCGCAGCAGCCACCCAUUCCACCCCCUAACAGUCAGCGCAUGCAGCAGCAGCAGCAGCCCCCUAUCCCCUCUCUCAACCAGGCCAAGCAACAGCAGCCCCCUAUCCCCCCUCCCAACAGCCAGCGCAACAAGCCUCCCGCGCAAAGUCUAGUCCAAGCCGCACCCCUAGCAGGUGCCCCCAAAGCCGCGAUGGCCCAACCAGCAGGCGCUAUGCAGCAGAUGGACCCUGCGCAGGUAGCCCAGAUGGCACAAAUGGCUCAAACUGACCCUGCUGCUUAUGCUCAGUAUGUGCAGUACUACCAGCAGUACAUGCAGUAUUACCAGCAGUAUCAGGGUGGAGCCGCUCCACAACCUGGUCAAUAAAGAACAUUUAGAAAAUAGGAAACCAUAGUCCUGGUGAAAUUAGAAUUGUUCUUUCUCUCAUUGCAUUGAGUCAUGAUUGAAGGUUCACUGAUACAUGAAAGCUUUUUAACAAUCAUCUAAUGGAAUUUGCCAAUCAAAUCAUUCUUUUAUGAAUCAAAAGUGGUAUCAUGAGAAUGGCAUGUGGUUGGUUUCAUCUGUAUAUGAUUUGGAUAAAUUCCAAAUGUUUUGUGAAUACCAAUGAGUCUAGAAAAGUUUUAACGUAAUGCUCUUGCAUACAUGUACAUAUGCCUUUAGAUAUGCAGAGCAUCUUGUAAAUGUUUUUACCUUCAGAGAUAUAUAUUUUCUUCAGUACCCUACCCUUGUGUUCUUAAGAUUUAGAGUGGGGACAAAUACGAUAUGUAAAUGCGACAAAGCAUUUCUCUCCGUUUGACAAUCAACAAAUGUCGAGAGAGAAAAUUUUCAUUCUUCCCAUGAAAAACACAAGACAUUAAGUUGAUGUUGUCAUAACGGAAACACAAUUACCACUGUUUUUUUUUGUAAAGAAAAGUGUAGGCAAGCUAGUCGUUUUCACCCCAAUUUAUUACUGGGGUAUUAAAAAAAAAACAGUGAGCUGCAUGUAUAUUAAUAGGGGCAUGCAAUGAUACACAAUUCUAAUACCCGUGAAGGAGGGCCACUUAGCGCUCCCACAAAGAGCAUGCGCCUCUCUUCAGGUCCUUGUUCCUUACAUCUUGUCGUAACCUUCCUUGACUUGACUUGCGAAGACAAGCGUCGAGGAAGUGUUCCUCAAGAACCUAGUGAAACACUUGGAACACCCAUCACAGCACCUGAUUAUAAUGAGAGCGCUUGUCCUUAUCUUUCCUAUGCCCUCAGAUUCAUGGCGAUCCCGAGGUGGUUAUUGAUAAAAGGUGGUGCGAAAGCCAAAGUCAGGCAUGUCCCUUUCCAGAAGAGUCUCUGAAGCAUUAGACUGAACCAGCCCCGCGUGUGUCUCUUUAAUCUCCUGGAAAUCAUCCAAGAAUUUACUCUUCAUUAGGUCGUUGUCUGCUAGGUUUGGUAUAAUAAAUGUCUCGUCGACCACACUGAAUCAUUCCGCAAUUGUUCUAUGUUAUGAUUAUUUCUUGAUGUAAAUGUUGCAAAAUUUUAUGAAUGAACCCAAAACUCGUAGACAAACAAAAAAAAUGCUGUGGGGAAAUGCAGGCUGGUUUGAAAUGGACAUGCCUGACUGCUCGGCUUGCACGACCAAAUUUACUAGGGCAUUCAGACAAGCUUAGACGUCGCAAUCUAGUAUGAGAAGGAAAAAAAGGAUACCUCUUUCACCUUCUCGCUAUUGAACAAAAAAAAAUUGCGCCUUUUAAUCUACCCAAGUGCAGGUCUGUGGCUUAGCCGCGUCAAAAAAGGCGCUGCCACUUUUUAAUUCUCUGUUGACUAGCUUGCAAUAUGUUCCCCCAUGUCGUGUACAGUAGCAUCUUUGUAAGAAGUCAGGCACUAUUUAUUGAAGCAGUUCAGUUUAUCAGGUGUUUGGUCAGCCCCUUUCUGUGUUUAAAACAUUAUUUGGUCGUGAAUUGCAGAAGAAAGGUGAGCAGGAACAAACUUAACAAACUGAACUCCAUAGAAAGGGGCCACCAAAGAAUAGCAAGGUGUGUGAUUAGUCAAUUUUUAAAAUCGGUGUUUUGUAUGUAUCGCUUUUCUGUUCGAUCCAAUUUACCAUGCACUCGGUUCAGCAUAAGUUGUGUUUUACUCACUGUAUGUAUUUUAUUUUGCCCUAUCAUAACCAGAGGCGACGGAAAACCGGUCGUGAAAUGGUGACUGUGUUUUUUGCCGCCAAGGAUCAACCCUUCAUGAUAGGGUCAUAUCUCAACCUCAAAAUACCAGUUAAACGCAUUACCUCAUGAGUAACUUUUAAUGCACAAACGGAGCCACGAGAGCUUCGUCAGCACACUAUCACAGUGCAAUCAAAUGGCCAUUAUGCUGAGCUUCGAUGCAUUAAAUCUUGUUUUUAGUUUUAACCCUUUUUUGAACGAUUUCUUUGAAUUCAUCAUAAACAUCAUUCCCUACGUGAUUCACAAAGGGCACCACAAACCUGUAACAUAUAUUACUCCCUCUAUGGAGUUGUCACCUAAAUUAUUGUAAAUUAUAUAACUCUGUCAUUAUACCUUAUUUAUGAUACUUCACAUCUAACUUUAUGCAUAUUUCAGAAAGUCUUGUUCCCAUUUUAUUUCUUUCCCUUUACAUGUUCAUCUUAAGCUGUAUUUUGGUAUUAAUAUUAAGAGAUUAAAGUGCUUUGCACAUAAUUGCUGUAAAAAAAAAAA